GAGAUAUGCUACCACCCACAAACUUGCACGAGCUAGCAUUAUAUUCGCCCUGAACAAAUUAAGCUAGCAACUCCUCCGGUUUGUAAGAUCGAUCAAUGGCUAUCAUUGGUCGGAGGCAGCAGCAGGGUGUCGCGGCGGCGGCGGCGACGUUGGUGGCGUUGAUGGCGGUGGUGGUGGCGGCGGCGGCGGAAGCGCAGCCGUCGCCGGGGGUGUACCCGAGCAGGAUGUUCCGAGCGCGGGAGUUCGGGCGCGACUUCCGGAGCCUGUGGGGGGCGGAGCACCAGCAGCAGGAGGCGGCGGCGCCGGAGACGGGGGUGACGGUGUGGCUGGACCGGCGGUCGGGGAGCGGGUUCAAGUCGCGGCGGGCUUACCGGAGCGGGUACUUCGGGGCGUGGGUGCGGCUGCAGCGCGGGUACACGGCGGGGGUGAUCACCGCCUUCUACCUGUCCAACGGCGAGGCGCACCCGGGGUGGCACGACGAGGUGGACAUGGAGUUCCUCGGCACCACCCCCGGGAAGCCCUACACGCUGCAGACCAACGUCUUCUCCCUCGGCUCCGGCGACCCGCCCCGGUCCCUCGGCCGCGAGAUCAAGUUCCACCUCUGGUUCGACCCCACCGCCGACUUCCACCACUACGCCAUCCUCUGGACAUCCGACCACAUCAUCUUCUUGGUGGACGACGUGCCGAUCCGGCGGUACGGGCGGCGGAGCGCGGGGGGCGCGGCGGGGUUCCCGGCGAGGCCGAUGUGGGUAUACGGCUCCAUCUGGGACGCGUCGUCGUGGGCGACGGAGGACGGCAGGUACAGGGCGGACUACAGUUACCAGCCGUUCGUCGCGCGCUUCUCGGCCUUCCUCCUCCGGGGAUGCUCGCCGCACGCGCCCCGCACCUGCGCCGCCCCCGUCGCCGGCGACCUCACCGCCGCCCAGCUCGCCGCCAUGCGCUGGGCGCAGCGCUUCCACAUGGUCUACAACUACUGCUACGACCCCAAGCGGGAUCAUUCCCUCACCCCGGAAUGCCGCACCCACCUGCACCCAUCGUCCUCAUCCUCCAACUCCUCCUCGUCGUCGUACCACGGCUAGCUAACUACUGCUUAAUUAUCUAAUACGCCGCCAUGUAUACUCCAUCUAAUACGCUCCUCCGAUCCUCAAUUAAGCUAUCUUUGUCGUCUAAUUAAUUAUAUUGUGCCCCUGUUUGUCAAUUAAUCGUUUGUUUAUAUAUAUACUACUGCAAUGGAUGAAUGGGCAUGCUGUUUAAUUAAUGUUGAAUGGGCAUGCUGUUUAAUUAA